AUGGCUGGGUCGAUGCUACCAAACUGUUGUUACGAUACGGCGCGAAUGUCGACCAGAGCAGGCUUUCCUACGGCAAUCCAAUGCCGCUCCCAGUGCGACGCACUUCGGCAUAUGAUACGGGCCAGCAGCAAAGUUCGCAGCCUGCACCCCGCUUCGUAUAGCAUGAGCGAAAGCCAAUAUGCCACGCAUUUCAUUCGUCUUGAGUCGGACCCUAAGAUCUUCAGCGACCUUCUUCACAGUCUCGGGGCGUCUCGCAAAGUCGUUUUCAAGGAAGUCUACUCGCUUGAUGGAUCUGUCGAGGUUCCAUAUCCAGCUUUGUCGCUAAUUCUCAUCCUCCCAACGUCGAAAGCGUAUGAAGAAAAUAAGGCAAGGGAAGAGGCUAUCAUAGCAAGCACGGAGCACAAUGGUGGUGAGGUUGACGAGCAUAAGAAAUCACUCAUUCUCCCUGGAUCGUUCCUAGCCAAAUUACUAGACACAAAGCCAGAAGAGAAAACGCGUUUCUUGGAAUCCUCUGAAGAACUCAAACAAUCGUACGCAGCGGCAGCAGCAAGGGGCAACACAGGCCCUCCAGCACCAGACGACGUGGUUGAUUUCCACUUUCUAGACGGUGAUCGUAAUGGCCCGAUACCUAGAGGCACAGCUAUCUCGGCUCAAGAGGACAUGUUGACAGGCGUUAGUCUACAGAUCUUGAGAGACACGAUCAAACAGGAAAACGGCGAGAGCGUCGGUUUCUCUCUCAUGGCUCUGACCAAGGUUGGCAAUGAUGCUGAAAAUGAAUGUUUUGGGGAGCUUUCCAUUGCAGCUGACUGUCUUUCGUUCGCCUCACAGACCCCUGCCGCGCCAUCAAAUCCUCGCGUAGCUUCAACCCACCACGUAUCUCUUGUGCCCUCAGCUGUGAUAAACCUUGAAUCAGUGCGAGCUUCGCUAUUCCUACCCUAUGCUGUUGUGGAGGCUACGCAUAUGUGA